GCCGUGAUGUAGUCCAAUGAACCAUACCUGGUACAACGAUUGCUCUGGUUGGUAUUUCAUCACCGUCGAUGGGUGGAGCUUCUCCCGUAGAAAGCUCUCGGCCUCUGGUAUACAUGAUCUCAUCGUGUGACCACAUCCUCCUGGAACGACCCCAAUGUAUAUAUACUAACACAGUCUGAGGACCUACGAGACGACUUCAGCUGCGACGAGGUUCGAGGGUGAUGAAUCAAUGUCACAUUUCUGCCAUUUCUCUGUCCUCUUAAUCCGGCUUCAGCGAAGACCUGAAUUAUACGUUCUGGCGAAUUCGGUCCACGAAGGUGCAUCGGAGGUUGUACUUGGACAAGUUGUUUACAGUUGUUUUGCUGGCGCAGUUUAUCUGAUGACAACUUGUGCUAACAUUGUCCAAGUGAACAAGUCUCCUUAGGGAUGAAUCUCCAAGUUGUGAUAUCUUGCGGAAGAAUAAAUCUUAUCACGUGCAUCGUAAAAUUCGGAAGUGGAUGAACUUGAAAACCAAAAAAGAUGACUGCUACACCCUGCAGCUUCCAAAUUGCAUAGCAGAAGUCAAGAAACUUAUAUUAGUUGUGCGUGAAGGUACACUAUCAGACAAGAAAUCGGGAGGUUGUACGUUUUUCGGUCCUUAAUGUUUUUGUCCUAUGGUAAUGCCAGAUAGGUGGCCUUCAAUUAUCGGUUGCACUGUCAAAAGAUAGUCACAUACCAGCUUUGCUGCAUCAACUGUGGCGGGACAAUUUGAAUCUCAAACUACACGUUUCUGCGUCUGGGACUGAAUAACUCUGAAACAAAGCUUUCCAAACCGGUAAUAGACUCAGAAACAGAACUUGGAAAUGGCCGAGGUUGGAGAGAGGGAAUCGGAGGAGGACCAAGACCAUCGAAUCGUAAUGGAAGAGCACUAUGAUGAAGGACCUGACUAUUGUAAAUUGGUGCAGCAUUACACGAUCACCUACGUUGCUCUGUUCAUAUGUCUCGUCGUUUACGUCUGCAUAGGAGCAGGGGUGUUUCAGGCACUGGAAUACCCGAAAGAGAAAGAAAUCUACCAAGCAGAGUACGAGAAGUACCUUGGUCGGAGGGAGGACUUCUUAGGGCAGAUGUGGAACAUAACCGAGUUUUACGGAGAUAACAAGGAGGAGUGGCUUGACCAGGCAAUUAGAAGUCUCAAUCGACUCGAGAAGAGAACAGGGACCUUCGUGAUACCACCACGAAAGAGGAAGAUCAAGUGGACUUUCGUUGGAGCUCUAUUUUUCUCGUGUACAGUGAUUAGCACCAUAGGGUACGGCAACAUAGCUCCCGUGACGAUUGGUGGUCGGGUUUUCUGCAUGAUCUACGCUGUGUUUGGCAUCGCUAUGCUUCUCUUGGUUCUGGCCAGCAUUGGCUCACUCUUUGCACGUGGAGCCACACUGACGUAUCGCCUCCUUCACAUGAACAUUGCAAUGGCUAAGGGCGCUCCUCCUCCAAAGAAGAAAAAAAAGCUGCGUGCGGUUCGUGUCCCGGCACCAGCAGAAGGCGGUACAGAAGGGGUACAGAUGACAGACAAACAGACCAAUGGGUCAACGGAACAGCCACCAAGCAUGGAUGACGUCAUCAAAGAAAUUUGGAGCCAAGAGCCCGGAAUUGACCAAGGCGAUAUGCCGCCCAUGCAUGUUAUGACUCUCAAAGGUAAAUCCGAGGACGGGGCUGGCCCCGCCCAAAGAGACAACGCGGGUACCAGUAAUGACGACGAAGAAGAGAACGAUCAAGUGGAUAUACCACUGUCUAUCGUUCUAAUAUUUGCUUUGAUGUACGUGUGCAUGCUGGCUGGACUACUUUGUCUGUGGGAAAACCAGUGGAACUACUUCGAUGCUUUCUACUUCUCCUUCAUUACCUUGACAACCAUUGGAUUCGGUGACCUGGUACCCGAACAUCAGAAGAACCUUUUGGGUUGCACUUUUUUCAUUCUACUCGGCAUGGCCAUUAUGUCCAUGUGCAUUGCGCUUGCGCAGGAGAUCAUCACCAAGAAAGUUGCGUGGAUCAGUGAAAAAGUGGGCGUGGCUUUGAUAAAGGCAAAACCCACGUAGCAUACGAAAUGAAAGGAAACUUUACUUACUUUCGCGUUUUGCACAAUUACCGCGAUAACUUAAAGUUUUCAAUAUUAAGUUCAAAAGGUUGUCUGAGCUCAAAGGCCAAGUAUAAUAUUCUAAACCAUGAUUUUACGGCCUUUGAAUAAUCGCAACUGUUGAAAAAAGUGCACGUCAUCGUAUUGCAGUAAAUGACAACAGGUGUUCAUGCACAUAACAAAUACAUUUUUCCUUGAUUGAAUUCAAAGGUUUAUAAGUUUCUAAAGCUGCUAAAGAUUUGUUGCAAUGGCUCAUUGUUUAGUUGUACCUAGAUAUAAGCAAAAGUAUUUUGACGGGGUCACAUUUAGUACACCAUAAAUAAGACAAAAGUAUUUGAAUGUUUCCCAAAGUGCCACAAGUUAACGUACACGCAUAUUCAAUGCACUUCUUGUUCACAUAGGUUAAUUUACAAAAGAAAGUCAACUGGGAAAGGAGAGAUUAUAGUGCCAUUGGGGAUAAAAGGGGGGGGGGUUGACUUGCCUGGCCAUGAACAUUUGAAAGGCGGGGGGUUCACCAUGACCCUAUACAUGUAUAGGGGUCAAUGUUCAUAUUGAUGCACAUGUGUAAUAUGUAUUUAGAAUGUCAUAUUUAUUACUUUUAAAAUAAUAUUUCCCCUUUUUUGAGUGAUAUUGAAUGCAUUAGUCCUUGGAAGUCCGAAAAAUUCUUCACAAUCCGUAAUAAUUCGUGUGCUCACUACAAAAAAGUGUUUGUGUGUGUGGAUGGGGGGGUGAUUUAAUAGCACCCCCCCAAAAAAAGGUGAAAGGAUAUACACCCCCAACCCCCGGGAUUUACGCCCAUGAAUUGAAUAUGCAUCUCUGUUGUUUCCCGUGUUUAACAUGCAUAAUAUUUCAAGUCAUAACAUUCUGAAUCAGUGGUGAAGUCUGGAGUAUUGCUUUACGAAGACCCUGGAUGCCAUCUUGCCUCUUGUGCGACCAUUGAAUUUGUCCUCGUUUUGUCACAAGGCGUCCUCUGUUGAUCACAAGCGUAGUUCAGUCAUCUAAUAUCAAAUAAAAUAGAAAUUCUGUUUAUGGGUAUCAUAUAGAAACACCCUCAAGCAAACCAGUGAUUGCCGACACAUAUAAACCUGUCUAGCCUUAAAAGAGAAAUUGUGCUGUCUUAUAUUUUUGGAAUAUGGAUCUUUUGGCAUUGAAACUGGUAUUGAAGCAUUCAUAUAAUGUAGUUCGUUUCGGCAAGAUUUGACGAAAAACCUUCAAAAUUAAAAAUAGGUCAUGAAUAAUUAUGUAGCCUGUAAAUAAUUGACUUGCACAUCGAUUUAUGAGUGUCCAGAUAAUAAUUGCACUGCCGUUGCUUCUCGGAUUGUUGAAUGUUUAAAAAAAACACGUACAUAAAAUCAAUGGAAUAGAAAGAUAAUUGUAAAGUUUCGCUGUGAAAAGAGCCUCUGUAUCUGUAAUUAAAAUGUUUCAAAGCAAAUAUCGAAAUGGCAAUACUUGGGUCAAUGCAUGCAGUCGUAUAUACAUGUAUCUGAGAAUUUAUAGAAUUCUUUCCAGGAAAUUGGCGCGAAGACAGCAACGCAUUUUCUGUAAGCCAUAACAUCCGGUUCCAUGAGCGUACAUUUUCAUUUUGUAUCAUGUGUAAUACUUAAAAAUAAAAGGAAAAUAUUUAUAACUUAAA